CUGCUUGUACUGACGUCCACGAAGGAAUGUUGCGUCCCAGCACCAUUUGCACAUAUAUGGGGUACCGCUGAACGUCCCGCGGUAAAGAGAGCCACAAGAUUUAAGCACCAUUUUCCUGUCGAUAACUUACAAACCUUCAAAGUAACAUUCCAAACAUGUGAGGGAAGAAAAAGGGAAACAAUCCUACUGCUUGUGUGUGUGUGUGUAUGCGUGUGUGACGUUUUGUUGUUGUUGUUGUGCUGAAGUCUCAGUCUGACAUAGAAGUUGCAAGUGAGUAUCCAUUUCUCUUCCGCUUCUGAGUCCUCCCCCCCCCCCCCCCUGAUGGUGACACCACGCUAUCAGAGUUGGUGUGCGUUCCCUGAGCAGAUUUGCCAAUUGCAUAUUCCCAAUAGAAUGGGUCAGGUAUUAUCGGUCAAGCUGUUGAUGUGAAUUGAUUUACGCAUCACGUGAGGCGGGAGGAUUUUCAAAGACCUAGAUGACCUUGAAGUUAGAUGAAAAACACGGGACAAGGACCAGUUUCCAGUCCUUACCGAUCAUGCAAGGGGACUUGUCCAAGGAACUCUUCAUCGAAAAAAAUGAGUCGAGCUGUACCAAACAAUUCUAUCGAAACGAAAGGUUACAUCCUUCAGCUACCCACCAGUGUCCUUGCACGAUGCGAAUCAGAUUACCCAUCUGUGGGACGUCCAUUUUCAUAAAUGAAGAGCGCCGAAAAGCCGGAACCACAUUCAACUACAUAGGAACAGCGCAUUGUUCCUAUUUCUAUAACCCGUGCCGUACAUUCUCCAAAACAGACAAUGGAAAUCCUCCUGGCAGGCCAAGAUGGCCGCCGGCUCGUGUAAAGGUCGAGAACAGGAAAUGGAAGGUGAAGAUGAUGACGUCUCGGUAAUCUUAUAUCGUGUAACCCUUUGUUUGGGGUUUUAUUUUUUUGUUGGUUGAGCGUCCAUUAGUAACCACGGGUAACACUACUGCACUGGCAUCAUCAUCUUUGGUUGGAGGAUUAUAAAAGGAAAGUCGGCAUACGUGGACGCUGGUCAGUGGUGUGCUAAACGUUGUCUAAUAAACAUCCGAGCAUCUUUAGUGUGUGUGUGUGUCUUUCAAGAAUCUGAAAAAUUGUGAUGAAAUGUACUGAUGGCAGUGUAUGGUGAGCCGACUGCACUGUGUUGAGAUAUUUGAACUCCACUCAGCACACCAUGAGACUUACGCUAGUUGUGUGCGGUUUUCUGCUGGGUUUAGGGCUAGCACCAAUCGAUGGCAGACUAAAGUAUGCGGAGGUGUUCCCAAGCGAUGGGCUCCAGAAUCUGCUCCUCUCGGAACCGGGCAGCUCGUUGGAGGGUAGUAGUGAUCGGGAUGAUUCGGACACUCCAUUCGGUGUAGAUGAGCGGCCGGGCCGUACCAAACACUUUACUUCCAGUGGCCACGACCCUGCAACGGCGGCUAGACAUAGAGCGGAAUGUAAGGAAAACCCGACACCGAAUCCUUCGGAUGCUGCGUCGGAUGAUGCAUCGCUUAAGCUGGUACCACUCAACUGCUUCCCACUGGCCGACCGGUUACACAAGUACGACUGGGCACGGUACCAUCUGCGGCAUAUGGCUGCCAGUUCUGCAAGGUCUGCUUCACCGGAUCCGGCCGAAGCUGGUAGGAAGGAGACCGGUGCGAGCCGGGCGGAGUUCGUGGCACGGAAGCGUUCCGACUUUAAUCGUGAAAUCUCAGCCGACCUGUACGCACAGUAUCCAUCGUCCUGUGCGUGCCAGACAAAGUACGAGCUGUUGGAUCUUGGCUACACACACUUCCCACGGUACGUGGUGAACGCGAUCUGUCAGAACCGGAGUGCCAACAGUCGGAAGUGUUGGCGUGGUUCCAGCUGCAAGGAGAUCCCGUACAAGGUGCGUGUGCUGACCAAGCGGACCGACAACGAGUCGGGCGAACAUGACCAUCAUUCGACGCUGCUGCCGGAACCGUUGCGGGAGUACUGGCGGUUCAAGACGGUUACGAUAGCGGCCGCCUGUCAGUGUUCGAUCUGACGGUCGCUCGUGCCGGGCCGGUCGGAACAUUACACCGCUGAGGAUAACGACCAGGGGCAAUGGUAGAAGAGAAGGAAGGGGGCGAGGCGGCAGGGUGAAUAAGGGAAAUAAAUUGUAGGGACUUAAAAUACGAGGCACGGGUGGUCUGCUCCAGGUGGUUUGCUUUUACUGCUUUAGUAGAGAAGUGGUAGGUAGUCGGGAUCAGUUCCUGUGUUCGUGUGUGUAUGUGUGUGUGUGUGUUUGUUUGACUGCCCCCCUUUGGGAAGAGAUCUAGCUGGUCUAUUGCGGUCGCUUUGAUAUGAGAAUUUGCAACGAAUAAAAAGAACCUCAUCUCUUGAAGUUGAA